UUGCUACAUGCUACAUCAUUUAGCAUAAUAUAGCAUACACUGGAAAUAUGACACACUUUGCAUAAAAUAAACCACUUUAUCGAUUCAUGCUCAGAGGCUCGUUCAGCAAGCUUUUUUAUCCAAACUUAUCAUCACGCUCUGCACCAUGGCAAAGCAUUUCCACCUGAACACUCCGCUGCUUGAGAGCGUCGGCAUGUCCAAACGCGUGGGAACCACCGUGUACUUGAAGAUGGACAAUUCCCAGCCCUCUGGCUCCUUCAAGAUCCGUGGCAUUGGACACCUCUGCCAGCAGCUCGCCAGAAAGUCCAAAGGAGUUGUCUGCGCUUCAGGUGGUAAUGCAGGUAUGGCUGCAGCCUACGCAGCCAGACAAAUGGGUGUACCAGCCACCAUCGUAGUUCCCUCCUCCUCUCCUCCGCUGGUCGUUCAGAGACUCCAGGAUCAGGGUGCUGCUGUCAAGAUUACAGGCAACGUUUGGGAUGAAGCCAAUGCAGAGGCUCUCAGACUGGCAGAGACCGAAGGACUCACCUAUGUUCCUCCGUUCGAUCACCCCCUGCUCUGGCAGGGCCACUCCAGUAUGAUCACAGAGGUCGCAGCCUCUCUGGGUCCCAGUGUGAGGCCCGGAGCUGUGGUCGUGUCUGUGGGCGGAGGGGGCCUCCUCUGCGGGGUCGUCCAGGGCCUGAAGGACGUUGGCUGGAUGGAUGUACCCAUCAUCGCCAUGGAGACGGUGGGGGCCAACUGUUUCAAUGCUGCGGUUAAGGCAGGGAAGGUGGUCACCCUGGAUGACAUUACCAGUGAGGCUAAGUGUCUUGGAGCAAAGACAGUUUGCAAGAAAGCUUUUGAGUACAGCCAAUGCAGCGAGCUCACAAUCAUUUCUGAACUUGUGACUGACCAGCAGGCUCUGCAGGCUAUCGAAACAUUCCUGGAUGAGGAGCGUGUGUUGGUGGAGAUGGCGUGCGGAGCAGGACUAGCAGCUGUCUACAGUGGACUUGUACGCAGACUACAGGAUGAUGGUCGGCUGCCAACUCUCUUGGGCCCCCUGCUGGUGGUGGUGUGCGGUGGCAGCAGCGUCGACAUGAAGGAACUGACCAGCCUCAAGCACAAGCUGCAGACUUAAACAACUGCAGGUGUGCAAGUGUGUGUGCAUAGCAAUAAAUGUGUUUCUGCGUGA